AUUUUCGUUUUCGUCAUCAUACACUCUUCUUCUCCUAUCUUCAUCUCCCUCAUUCUCAAUCCUUCAACAGUUCUCAUAUUUCAGUUCCAAUGAUCAGUCACGCUCUGUUAGUCAUCUGUAUUCUCGUUUCCGCUGCCGUCCUAGGAGAUGCAACAGCAGCAUACAAGCCUACCGAUCUCUUUCUCAUCAACUGUGGCACUAGCUCUGACACCAUAGACUCUCAAAGCCAAACAUGGACGUCGGAUCAGCAGCAUCUUCUCACGUCAAAUUUAGACAACGUUUCGUUCUCUUCAAAUGCAUCUUACCAAGAAGAGGUUCCUCAAGUGCCCUACACGACGGCUCGCGUAUUCCUAUCCAACGUUGACUACAGUUUUCCAGUCUCUCCCGGCUGGAAAUAUCUCCGGUUGUACUUUUACCCGACCCGGUACGAAUCUGGUUUUGACGCCGCAAGUUCCUUCUUCUCAGUCACAGUUAACGGUUUCACUCUCUUGAAGAACUUCAGCGCCGACUUAACGGUAAAAGCUUCCAAGUCGAAAUCCUUAAUCAAAGAGUUUAUCGUUCCGGUUAACCAGACUCUGAAUCUCACGUUCACGCCGUCUCCGAGUUCGUUAGCUUUCGUUAACGGCAUCGAGAUUGUCUCCAUGCCUGACGGGAGUUACUCAAAGGGAGGCUUUGACAAUAUGAUAACGAACGUUGGUAGUACCAUUGACUUCAUUAUCAAAAACACUACCGCUUUCGAGACUGUUCAUCGGAUAAACGUUGGCGGGCAAAUGGUGGAUGAGGUCGGUGACACUGGAAUGUUCCGGCGGUGGCUUCCGGAUGAUGAUGUCAUACUAAGUGAGAAUUCAGGAAUGAAACCGGAUGUAACGGGUGUGAAGAUAAACUACACAGAUAAGACUCCCCUUUAUGUUGCGCCGGAAGAUGUGUACAAGACGUAUCGUACGAUGGGGAACGUCGGCUACCCAAGGCUGAACCUGAACUUCAAUCUGACGUGGCUCUUCCCAGUUGAUGCCGGGUUUAACUACCUCGUAAGGCUUCAUUUCUGUGAGACUCUAUCGGAUGUGAACGGACCGGGCCAACGUGUCUUCACCAUCUUCAUUGGAAAUAAGAUUGCAAAGCUUGACAUGGAUGUCAUUCAGCUGAGCGGUGGUUCUCGCAUUCCGGUGUAUCUAGACUUCAGUGUGCUUGUUGGUUUUGAAAGUGGGCCGAGACCUGAUCUACGACUUGACUUGCAUCCUUACACGGACAGUGGCCCAAAGUAUUACGAUGCUAUUCUCAAUGGCGUAGAGAUCCUCAAGCUUAGUGUCUCUGGCGGAAAUCUUGCUGGACCUAAUCCUAAUCCUCUAGUAUCAUCCGACCAAACACCAAAUCAUGUAAAGCCUUCGGCAAGAAAAGGUAAUAAUUCACAUGUUUUGGUGAUAACUCUGGCAGUGGUUGGUUCUUCAAUUUUCCUAGCGAUGUUUGUUUCUGUCAUUGCGUUGUUCUGUAAGAGGAAUAAAACGAAAGACGUUCCUUUACAUACAACAAGCAAGCCUACGGACUCGUGUUCUCCUCUUACCACAUAUCUCUGCCGUCGAUUCUCCAUCUUCGAAAUCAAAUACGCCACAAAUGAUUUCGACGAGAAGCUAAUCGUUGGAACAGGCGGGUUUGGUUCGGUGUACAAAGGACAAAUAGACGGAGGAACCACACUAGUCGCGGUUAAACGGUUGGGAAUUGCAUCGAAACAAGGCGCUAAAGAGUUCAAAACAGAGCUCGAGAUGCUCUCAAAGCUACGUCAUGUACAUCUCGUUUCUCUAAUAGGAUAUUGCGACGACGAGAGCGAGAUGGUGCUUGUCUAUGAGUAUAUGCCACGUGGUACUCUUAAAGACCAUCUUUAUAAAAGGAAUAAGGCUGUUGAUCCUCCUUUGUCCUGGAAACAAAGGUUAGAAAUCUGCAUCGGAGCGGCGCGUGGGCUACAGUAUCUCCACACAGGCGCCAAGCACGCGAUCAUACAUCGAGACAUCAAAACAACCAACAUACUUCUUGAUGAGAACUACGUAGCUAAAGUCUCUGACUUUGGGCUUUCAAAAGUGGGUCCAACUAGUGAAUCUCAAUCCCACGUCUCAACGGUCGUUAAAGGAACGUUUGGUUACUUGGAUCCUGAGUACUAUCGCCGUCAAGUCUUGACGGUAAAAUCGGAUGUGUACUCUUUUGGAGUUGUUAUGUUCGAAGUUUUGUGUUGCAGACUGAUCAACAUCGAAAUUGUUCCACAAGAACAAUCAGAUUUGAUCAGAUGGGUGAAGUCAAAUUAUAUAGGAGGAACUCUUGAUCAGAUCAUUGACCCAGAUCUUGCUGUCGAUAUCACUAUGAUAUCAUUAGAGAAGUUCUGUGAAAUUGCUGUUAGAUGUGUUCAAGAUCGUGGCACUGAAAGGCCACCAAUGAACGAUGUCGUUUGGGGACUUGAGUUUACGCUUCAGCUUCACGAGGCAGCUAAGAAAAACAAUGAGGGAGGGACGAUGACGGACGCAGAAGCUUUGUUAAGUAAGACUGAUGAUAACUGCGAUCCUGUUAUUGCUGAAGAACCGAAAGCACUGUAGAUUAGUUCGUCCAACACAUUCUCAGUUAUGCAUGUACCUACGUAUUUACUGAAUGAAAAUCAUUAUUGUGCUUUUCUUUUUAAAUAAUUAAGGUGAAUAGGCGUAGAUCAUCUUAGUAAGG